AUGGGCACUCCUAGCGGUGCAUGUCCCUACGGCGGGCGGCUGCUCCCGAACCUCCGCGGAGGUUGUUUCCUCAUCUUUCUCUUUGCUUCUCUUGCUUGCCGCAGCUUCGUUGGCAGCUACCCUGCUUUACCUGCAGUCAACGCUCGAUCUCGGUUGGCGGAGACAGCUCGCCCUGCAGCGACGCUGUUGGAGCCGCCAAGUGCGCCCCCACGUGAGGACGAGCGAAGUGGCGACUCCGCAUCGGUUCUUCAGUGCGAGGUGACGGCCGACUUCCGUGGCGAUGCCUUUGUGAGAGGCGGCACACGCCCUGGGUCAGAGGUGUGGCUCUUUAGGCGAGUCUACACGAACGAGUUUUCCCAUCUGCUGCGAAAGAUGGGCUAUCACCUCCCGAUGAUCUUCCAGAAUGUCUCCGUGUCGUGUGCGGAGAUGUCAUUGGGUGAGCUCUGGCGACAGACCUGCCAGGACUGUAUCCGCCACCUCACCGCCGAUGCCUACGGAGAGCUAGGCAUGAUCGUUCCGGCCCACCCAGAUCCAGAUUUGCGGGGCCGAAACGACGCGCAGACUACAGCGCUUCAUCCCCUGAUUCGGGGCUUUUCUGCCGCACCCGCCUGCGCAGUUUGUAUUCUCCUCGAUCUGGUAAGCGUGCCACACUUGGAAGAAGAGCUUCAGCGACGUCAAGACUUCGAGGAUGUCGACAUGAGCCAAGUCGAGGUGGUCCAGGGCAGAUACUGGAAGCUGUUCUUGAACUUCAGAGGCCUCGUGCAACUGAGAUUGGUUCCGAACCAUCUUCCCGACAGCCUUCCUGCCUGGAAUGACUGGGCUCGCGGCGCACGGAAGGAUCCUGCUUGGCUUUCCCAGUGUACUGCACCCACUGUUGUGAACCUUCCCCAGCCUCCACCACCGGAGGUCUCAGCAGAGGUGGCAGACGAUGGAGCUUCGCUGGUGGUUCUCCUUCUCUGGACUUUGGAUGCGCGUCUCCUGCCCUGGCUCCAAGAUGGACCCAGACUGCGCUGGCAGUACAGCUGGCGCAUCCUAGCCUCGUCCGAAGAGGAGGGUGAGCAGAACUGGCGGCAGAGUGGCUGCUACCAUUGCAUCCCCGAGGAAGAGACCAGGGUUCGCUCGCCACCUCUUCGCGAGGAUUGGGAUUGCCAGCGAGUCGAAGUUCGCGUGCGUUACAGCCUUGCAUCGGUCUGGAGCAGUUGGAGUUUCUCGGUGAGCUGCGAUGUGCGCCUUCCCGUGCAGGAGUCACCACUGCUUCGGAUCGUGCCCAGCAGAUCCAACUUCACAGAAGCUGAUGCGACCUGGGAGGCCCUCGUCAGUCCGGCGAAGGUGAAGGCAUGGCAGUACCGCAUCGAGCUAGAACAGGACGGGCAAUGGCGCUUGGUCUACGCUGCAGAGCACGCAAACCAGGCCGAUACCUUGUCCUGUUCCUUGCGGCAGUUGGUGCCGGGACAAAGCUACACCGUGCGCCUUCUUUGCCGACGGUGGCGAAUUGACGACGUCUGGCAAGAGAGUCGUCAGGAGUUUCGGAUGCCACUUUCUGGUGUCGAGACUGGCGUCCCGCCGCUCCGAGCUGUGCCAGAAGUGCUGCUGGCGAAGAUCGCACCGGAACCUCGGGCAGAUGAGACGCAGAUUUGGUACUCUUUCUGGGUGUCGCCCAUCUCGGCCAGCUGGCCUCCAGAAAGCAGUUUCGUUGAGUGGAGGCCGACAUGCGAGCCUGAUGCCGCAUGGCACAUCACGCCAAGCCAGCAAGUCGCUUUGAAGGCAGACUUGGAGAAGGACGAGACCUUUGCGCACGGUGGUGGUCUGAAAGUGCUGUUACCAACAGACAUCGGCCAGCUGCAUGUGCGGCAGUGCCACGUCUCUGGCAUUGUAGGCUCACGCACAUGGGUGAUGCCUGCAUUUCGUCCUCCACGGCCUCCAACCGUGCAGCUCUGCCCCAAGGACACUGCGAUAUCCCUUCGGCUGUGUGCUGAAAUUCUGGGCGAAGAUCACAGACACGCCAGCUUUGUGCAGUUCCAGGUGUCCGGCGCCGGGGAGGCGGCAGCCGCGUCCCAGGAACUUCCUUUGCUCGUACUCGACUUUCCCGAGGGUGCUGCGAGCAGCGAGCACGUCCAUCUACUGGAUGUCGAGGAGUUGGCCAGCAACGUCGCCUUGCACCAGAAGGUUGUCUUUCAAGUGCGCGUCGGCGAUAUGGCGACGAAGUCAGCUUGGUCUGCUCCUUCCGCGCCCCUGGCUCUCUGCUUGACCUCACCGCGGCCAGCCUGCCAGGACAUCUCAGUGAAGCAGCUGGACCGACACUCUAUCGAGGUGAGCUGGCCAAGAUUCAUAGCUGCCGAAGGACUUGCUGAGGUGGACUACUACGUCAAGGCGGUGUGCUGCCCGAUGCCUGAGGACACAAUGCAGCGAUACCUCCCGCAUGCUGCGGCGGCAGAGAGCAGUGAGAAUGGAGGAUGGUGCCGAGUGGUUCUGCGAAAACUUGUCCCAGAGCUGCCGCACAUCAUCACGGUCACCGGCGCUUAUCCACAUCUCAGCCGCUUCUGUUCGCAGGAGAACGGCGAGGCUCCGGAAGAGUGUCAACUGGAGGCGCACUUCACGCUGGCGGGCGUUGAUCCGCUUGACUUCCCCCUGGUGUUUCCCGUGCGGCAAGUGGCGCCUCCGCAGCUUCAUGGCGGCGCAGACAAGCGCUUUCCCUUCAGUUUGCAGUUUUGGCUGGAGGUGGAUCAGCGGUCGUCCCUCCGCCCAGGCUCUGAGGCGGAAUAUGUGACGGAGUGGCGGCCGCACACGACACAAAUGGACUUGGUUCCGCCAGAAAUGGACGACGAAGGAGCAUGGCAACCUGUCGUGUUGGAGCCUGCUGGCCUCCAUGCGCCGCCUUGUGGUGAGGGCUUGACGAUUUGCACUUGGGAUUUGCCUGAGCUACCGGAGAUCCCAGAAUUGGUACAGCUGCGACUACGCCUUCUGCGUGACGACACACGCGCGCCUGGAGUCAGGGCUUGGGUUUCGCAGAUCUCUGAGCCCUAUGCCACUGCUUUCCUUCCUCCACCGAAGCCCCGAGUUUCUGUGAGCUCUGCACGACAUGGAGUCCAGAUCCAUGUGACGUUCGCGCUCCGUACGUCUUCGGAGAUCGACUCCGAAGAAGCUUUUCGGGGAGAGGUGGUGCCAGGCCUCCCCCUGGCGCCGGGAUUCGGCCAUCGCUGGGCCCGGCGCUUCCAAGUGGCCCAUCGCCUCGCCGGGGAUCGGCACGACAAGGACGAUUUGCAAGAGUUCGAGGCAACAGAUCUGCAGGAGGCAGAGGCCAGCUUUGAUGUGGACCGGCCCGGCAUCUGCUGGUACUCCAUCACGCUGCCUGCAGUGGAACCUCGUUGGAGACGACUGGCGCUGGUCGCCGUGGAGUGUGGUCAGCAAGCCUACACAGGUGCGAACUCCACCCUUAGAGCUCCGAGAGGGCAGCGAAUUCGUCGUGAAAGCCCGGCCACCGGACAAGGUCGAGGUGACACUGCCCCGUCUUCUAGAGGACUCCGAAUCGGUGGAAUACUCGGUCGGCAUGACGCCUCUGGGGCCUAA